GACAACUCUGGAUCUGAAGAGUCCCCGAUUGGCCUUUGAUGAAAACAAUUGUGGUCAAAAUUACAAGAUGAAAAAGUGGUCGAAGUUUUGAAAGAUUUCUCGACUACGGCGACCGAGAAAGCAGCCCUGCAUCCAAACGCCCCAGCCUCGUCUUGGCCUUGUCCACAACCUCGCAAACAUCCACAACUCUACAGUUCUCUCCCAGAUGUGGCAGGUCACACCCAUCACCCACCUCCGACACAUCCACCUCCCUGGCAUAACUCCCUUCCCCAUCGCCCAAUCCAUCCAACAAAAUCUCGUCUCCCAAUUCCUCACCCACAAAGCCCUCGUCUCCUCACCCUCUCCACCCUCUCCUCUCCCACCACCUCCCCAUCCAACAGUCCUAACCUUCACGCCUACACCCGUCUUCACAACCGGCCGACGCGAACACGACACUCUCACACCGUCCCAGAUCUCCCUCCUCAAAGCCCCCCUUUACCCCCUAAAGCCCCAAACCGGCAAAGGAAUCAAACGGUCCAAACCCCCCGAAUAUGAGCCGCAGUAUGCGGAGAUUGAGCCCACGCUGAGGGGCGGGCAGACGACGUUUCAUGGGCCGGGACAGCUGGUUGUUUACCCAGUUAUCGAUUUACGGACGAGUUUUCCGCAGUUUCCGAAAGGGAUAGGUGUUAGGUGUUAUGUGCAUCUACUAGAGAGUGUAACGAUUGCAACGCUGGGCAGAUGGUGGAUGAAGGGUGUUAGAACAGAGAAUCCAGGGGUGUGGGAGGAGGGCGGGGAGAAGAAGAUUGCGGCGCUGGGUGUACAUUUGAGGAGGAGUAUCAGCAGUUACGGGGUUGGGUUGAACAUUCAGACGGAUCUGAGGUGGUUUGAACGUAUUGUUGCGUGUGGGUUGGUUGGGAAGGGGGUUACGUCUAUGUGGGCUAUGGAGGAGGCACGUGGGUUCUCUGGUGAGGACAAAUUCAAGAUGGAGAGGCCAGAUCUUUGGGAAUUGCAUGGUGAAAGUUAUAAGAACGCUAUGUGUCCGGAUCUUGUUGGGUUACAAUGGGUUGAGGAGUUCGCUAAGGGACUAUACGGGGUACAUGGAAAAGAGAAGGUUAGGCUGCAGAUUGGGGCUCUCAAAGAUGGGGAGCUGCAAUUGAACGACCAUCUUCCGAGAUGAAGAUAUAGAGCUGGGGAAAAUGUUGGCUCCCAGGUUUCGAUUACUCGGAUGCAUAGCGAAGGUGGAGUUUAUGGUUGAUGCACGAGUUAAGAAGUGAAAUGAAGGGAAUCCCUUCCCUUGGAUGAAAACUAUACUCCCCCAUUCAAUAUUGCCAUCACUUGGAGAGUGAACUUGUAAAGUAGGAAAUUGUGUCUUCAAUCAACGACAUGUCCGAUAUUGAAUGGAGGAAGUUCUCAUUGACUAGGAUCUAGAAAGGAUAUCAGU